AUCUCUCUGUAGUCUGUACAAUGCACAGAGAUUGCAGAGAAGAUUCAUGAUUAAGAAGCAAGGAAGGUUUGGUUUGUGCUAAGUAAACACAAAAGUGGGCAUUAAAGCUAAUCAAAAUUUUAUUAAACAAGUCUACUUUAGAUAGAUUACUGCCACUAGUUCUAGCACUGUGCUGAAACCCCAGGCCAUUAAUAUAUAAAUAUAAGCAGAACAGAAAAUGGUUGCGUGAACAAGAGUUGUUAUUCUAUUUCUGGUUUAUUUUUGAGUAAAGGAAUCUCUUUUCUUGUCUAUAAAAAAGAAAAAAAAAAACAAUCUUUUUUCUUUGUUGAUUUCUUUUCUUUAAGAAUUCGACUUAAACCUUUUUCUCCUCCUGAAAAAGAGAAGAAGUAGUACAAGCUAGUAGUAUAUUAAACAAACAACAAACAUCCACUUAUUGCUGUUUUACUGAUAACAACAACAACAACAACAAAUUCUCUCUUUCCUUUUCUUUCAUUAUUUAGUCUUCCUCUGUGUAGGAGUUUCAUCUGUUUGAGCUUUGAGAAGAUUUAGUACUAGUUUUGAGCUGUUUCUUCUGUCUGGGUCUUUGAGAUUGUGCUUUUUCUCUGUCCCGGUCUUUGAGAUUGUGAUCAAAACAGCUGUUUUUCAAGGUUUUAAGAACUGGGUUUGAUUUUAAGAAGUGGGUUUGAAGAAAAAAUCUUAUCUUUGGCUUCUGAGGGUGUUGUAAUGGAGAGUGGAGGAGAUACAAGAAGUGGUGGUGGAGAGAUUAGUCCACAACUGUUGGAUUUGAUACCAGGAUGGGGAGUGAAAGGAGGCGGUGGUGGUGGUGGUGGAAGAAAUUUUGGAGGUUCAGAAGAAAGAAAACUUGAACUGAAACUUGGACCACCAGGAGAAGAAGAUUGGUUCAUUAAUGGCAACAACUCCAACAAUAAGAACAUGGUUAAAACUCCUCUUUAUCUUGGUGGGUCUUCUUCUUCUAAAACCCUUGUUAACAGUACUAAAAGAGGCUUUCAAGAUACUAUUGAUGAAGAUACAGAAACUAGAGACAAUGAAACUUGGGGUAAAAACAAGUGUUCUACUUCUUCUUCACAGCAUCAUCAUCAUCAACAACAGCAACAGCCACAGAACUCUUCAUUCCUUAGAUUUCCACAACAAACCCAUUCUACUGUUCCAAAAGAUUCAUCACAGAACAAUGAUAAUAAUAACAAAGUUUUAUCUACUCCUGCUGCUUCUUCUGGUCCUGCAAAUGCAACUAUUACCAACACCCCCUCUCAGAAAAGAACUGCACCAGCUCCUGUUGUGGGAUGGCCUCCAGUUAGGUCAUUUAGAAGGAAUCUUACAAGUUCAAAACCAGCAGCUCCUGUUACUAGUGGUUCACCAAAUGAAGUUGUUCCAUCAAAGGAAAUCAAAGUGAAACCAGCUGGAAGUGUUGUUAAGAAGGGUUUGUUUGUAAAGAUUAACAUGGAUGGUGUUCCUAUUGGAAGGAAAGUUGACUUGAAUGCUUAUGAUAGUUAUGAAAAGCUUUCUUCAGCUGUGGAUCAACUCUUCAGAGACCUUCUAGCAGCUCAAAUAGAUUCCUCUGCUGAUCUGAAUUGUCCCCACGUCAACAAAGCAAAGGCGAUUACGGGUUUAUUAGACGGCAGUGGAGAAUAUACUCUGGUUUACGAGGAUAACGAAGGAGACAGGAUGUUAGUUGGAGAUGUCCCAUGGGGUAUGUUUGCUACUACUGUGAAGAGACUCCGCGUGCUGAAGACAUCCGAGCUUUCCACUUUGCAUUUCGGAAACAACAGCAAGCAAGGCAAGCCACCGGUUGAAACUAAAGUGAAAUGAGAAGGGCGUCAAGUGACAUUUUAGCUGUAUGAUCUUUUGAAGAAUUACUGGCCGACAACGAUUAUCAACUAAUUUUUUUGGAUUUGAAUGUGGGUUUUUUGGUUCAGUUCUUUUGUGUUCAUUCUGUCGAAAAAAAGAUUUGUAAGCUUACAAAGCUUUUGUACCCACUUUUUCAUGGAGGGUUGUCUUGAGAGUUUGUGUUCCAUUUUGGGUAUUUUGUAGAGAGAAAUCAAAUGGGUAUAUAUAUAUAUAUGUUAUAUGUAUGGGUGCACUAUUUAUGUUGUUGCAAAGACAAAUACAGCAACAGCAGUACUAUUUUACUUAAAUGAUAUGAAAAAGUUUUAGUGAUUGUUCUUCA